AGAAAGAAAACAAUAAAGAUGGUGACUUCCAUGGCUGUCAUCAGGCAAUUCUUGCCACGGACUUUUGAGAGACUAACAGUGUUACCUGCACUGGGAAUUAAACAUGGAGAGAGCAAUGUACUCAGGAAGAUGUGUGGCGUUACAAAGCUUCCUUUUCGACAAUAUUCUGAUAAGGUUCUAGAAGGAAUGGGCGAGUUUGUGGAAGAGGAAGAGCAGCUGGAUAUGGAUCUCCUCGAUCAGCCAGCGGUUCGAACGCGCCCCAGAGAUCGCCCGUGGGAGAAGACGAGGCAUUGGCAUGCGAAGCAGUUUGCAAGAAUGGGCAAGGCUUCUGGUGUUGAUCCCGCAAUUAUGUGGCCUACAAAAUCAGAACUUAGUAAACUUAUUGAAGAGGAGAAAGAAUAUUUUCCAAGUCUUCAGGAAAUGCAAACAGAACUUGCAGCUGAGAAACAAGCAGCAGAUUUGGAAAGACUCAAAAGGGAGAAGCUUAUUGCUGCCAAUAUGGCCAAGAUGCCAAAGAUGAUAGAGGAUUACUGGAAACAAGUGGAAGAGGAAAGAGCCAAGAGAAGAGAACAGAAAGAAAAGAGAAAUCGGCUUCUUGCCCUCGCGAAGGAGAAGCUUGGCUAUGCCGUCGAUCCUCGCAGUCCUCGCUUUAAACAGAUGGUAGAAGAGAUGGAAGCAGAGGAGAAAAAGAGAAGGAAAGAACUCAAGAAGAAAGGAAUCAAAUUAUGAUCGAAAGAAGGUCUGCAAUAAUGAUGGUAUCAUUACUCAGGCAAAGACUAUUUUAGUUUUGGCUCUUUCUCUUCAGAAGAACAUGUAUUUCAAGGAAAUUAGAUAUUCUUGAUGUGUUUGGAUGGGUCCAAUUAUUUGAAGAAUGUCAAUAAUAAUAUCUAUUGAAAUGUAUGGUGUGUACAAAGCUACUAGUACACGGUGCAUAUAGUGCUCAACAUCAGUGGUAUUUCAUGCUGCACAUUACUAAUAUAGAUGUUGAUGAGCUAUUCUCAUUCUCACCCAGCCUUAAAACAAUAAAUUUAGAAAAAUCAAGGAAAAAAAAAAGAAAAUGCAUAAGGCAAAUGAACUUAGUGCAUUUACAAAAUACAAUGUGAGGCGGAAGGAACUGAAGAAAAUGUUAAAAGAAUAUUGAUAAAAUCGUUUAAAGAAUUGAAGAAUAACAUGUAAGAAAUUAUUUUCUUUGAUCACAAUUAUGGUACAUGUAACUUAGUAUUUGGUUGAGUGAUUAGCUGCUGAGCCAUUACCAACAGUCAUUUUCAUAUCUUUCAAUAAAAAGUGCCCUAAAUCCUUUUCAAAAUGCAAUGUCACUUUUCUACCAGUUCUUUUGAGAUAGAAUGGUACCUUGUGAAUAAAUCAAUAAACAGUGUAAUUCUGAACUCCAGAUGCAAACUAGUUCUACUACCAAUCCAACAAACCAUUUCAUAUCAGUUUAUAUUUUUUUGUUUUCCUAAUAACUGAAAGAAAUUCCCUGUACAAGUAGUUGCAUGAAUGUAAUCAGUUAGGGAUUUGUUUUCUGUUACAUUGGUAAUAACUAGUUCCCAGUACUAAUUUUCAGAUACUGAUGUUAGGUUAAAAAAUACACUUGUGUCCAAUAGCACCUUACUCUCCUGUAUCAGCCGCACAGAAACGUCAGCACCAACAGUGCGGUAUAUGCCUUGUAUUAAAAACAAGGCUGUUACAACUGAUAAUGUCGCAGCGUCGCCUGGUGUCACAACGCAUGGUUACAUCUUGGAUCAACGAUUGGCCUCACAAUAAAAAAGAAGUGACUGGGCCUACUCUUAGUGCUUUGUUAAUGCUACGUUUCUGUGCAGCUGGUACAGGUCUCUCACCAUUUUUGCCACAAACAUGCACUGUAAAGCAAGUUAUGCAUUUCAAGGUGUAUGCAUUGAAAUAAUGUCCUAUAGAGUCAUGAAGUAUAUGAUGUAUGUAAAUGACUUGUGUCAAUCCAGGUCUUGAUUAUUAGCUGGAGAAAUGUAGUCUGUAUUUUGAAUAAAUUUUGUCAAAACGUA